AUGCGGCGCUUCUGGGUACCUUUUCUGACGACAGAGCUGAGGGAUAAGUGGUACAUCGACGCGGUGAUGCUCUCCAUCCUCGGCAGGGAUCGCUGGCAGUCGUGGGGUCAGCCAAAGGAGGCCACUUGUGUCGCCCUCAGCCGGGAGGAGGUGAUGCAGUUGAACCAGAAGCGGCGGGAGUGCUACGGUCGGCUGCGCGAGUGCCUCACGGAGCUGAGCGGCGCCUUGAUGGAAAAGGGCGACCAUCGUGGAACGAAGGGCAAUCGUGAGACGCUGCUGGCGGACAGCUAUUGCCACGAAGUCGCCGUGGCUGGAGUCUCUGCAGUCGAGUCGGAUGGCAUCUCUUGCAACCGCAAGGACGGCCGCUCCCUUAGCCGCGCCAGCAAUGCUAAACCUCAUCAGCUGUGCGUCCCAGGCACGACGACGACGACGACGCAGCGCCACGAGCCGCUGAGCGUGUUGCUCACGCGCCUGCAGACAACCGCGUCGACCAGCUUCGACUGCUUCCACCUCAUCGCCGCGCGAGUCCCCGUCGCCAUCGUGUCCUCGCUGUCGAGUCAGUACUUCUCGAGCUCCACUCCAGUCGUAUACGAGCAGGUGGCGUACCAGGAAACGAAAGUAGGCGACCUCGACGCGCUCUCCUUCUUUGUUUCCAUCGAGUCGCGGCGGCAGCUUCUCAAUGGGCGCGUGCCAGCGGGCAUGAACCGCAACGCAACGGCAGACGUGAACGGCCACAUCAACGUUGACCCCGGCGACUUCGCCCCCUUCACUCGCGAGGACCAGGCGGACGCGAUCCAGACCGCACAGCAGCUCUACUCAGCCGUCCGCCACGCCGGGCUGGUCGUUACCACAGCGUGCUCGUCAAUGGUCCUGACAGUACUUGUUCACCUCGCCGAUGUUCUGCGCGAGCGGCAGGUGUUCCGCGACAACAAGGCAAGGGCGGCGCAGCUCGGUGUCACGCUCGAGCAGCUGAUUGGCCGCAAGACUGCCUCUGUGCACACGUACUCGGACACGGCGGUGGAGAAGCUUGAGAAGCUCAAGCGCGACGUCGUCACGGGCGAGAUGUCGCUGAUGGUGCUGACAAAGGAGUUGGUGGCGCGCUUCCUUAGCGAGAACCGCGCCAAGAUGGAAAAGCUGCGGGACUGCAACCCCGAUCUCUUUGCCUAUCUGGAGAUGGCCGCGACGCCGGAGGAAAAAAAUGACUUUGAUGUGACGCGGCUGCUAAGCGGGAUAGCGCUGAAGCUUAUGUUCCUGACCGGCGGUGGCCAGCGCAGCAUCGUUGCGGAUGACCGCCGCGUGCAGGCUGACGUCAACCGAAUGACAGACGACGUGGCGCUUAGCGCCAUGCUCGAGGUGCCGAUUCUCAACCUCAUCUGUUGGAUUGGGUGCAUGAUGGGCGUGCCGAUCACGUCGAGCCACGGCCUCCUCCCCCCGCAGCACCACGGCAAGCCCCUCACCUUCAUGGAGAUGGACGAGUGCUGCGGUGCGAUGCGCGUGCUGUUUCAGGCCGUCGGCGCCCUGCCUUGCGGCAACGCCUGCCCGCAGACUAUCAGGGAGUGGUUUCCGCUGUUCCCCUUCUACGCGGUUAACUCGGAGGGCAAGCGCGUCCUCGUGUACCUUUACACCGCCCAGGUCACCGCCAUCCAACGAGUGCCGCUGAAGCUGCAGAAGGACAUGACGCUCCCCUCCUUCACGGCGGCGUUGAAGAGAGUGACAGGCCGGGGCCUGGCGGAUAUCUGCAACUACUUUUUCGAGCCGAACUUCACCGUCGGCCACUCCCCCUGCAACUCAGACAGCAGCAGCGACACGGCCAGCGUGGAUGCGACGCAGCGGUCGGCGAGCGCAGGUGAACCGUUGUUGCCGUCGAUGAGCGGCAGCAGCGCCUCGUGGUCAAAGAGCACGGCUUUUAUGCACAGGACGUCCCCCAGUCUCUCCCCAUUACCGACUACAGCAGACGGCAAGUCUUGCAGAGAUGAGCGCCGCAGCUCCUCGGCCUCCUCCGACGCGUCUUCCUCGUGUAGCACGCUGAUGGAGGAGAACCUCAACAUCGACGUGUACACGUACACGAAUCCGCAGAUGCAGCUCUACUUGCGCUGCAGCGACGAGGCCACUAUGCGCCCUCACCGCGUGACGGAGCUGACGCCUUCCGUGCACACCACCUUCUACUGUUCGACUCGCGACAUAGAGGCUGACCGCCCCGAUAUCGCGCCGGCGCUCCGCCACGCUGUGCCGAAGCUGCUGCCCAGUCAAGGGCUCUUGAUGCUUCGCUGGACAUCUGGCGAGCCGUUGGUGACCUUUUGUGCCGGCGACCUGGUGUGCGUCAUGGCAGAGCGCGUGGCCACGUCGGUGGCGGGCGGCGGUGAUGCGACAAGGAUGUCUAGCUCGUCGCAGCAGCAGCAGCAGCAAUCGCGCACCUCACGUGCACACGACUUCACCGGCGCCAUCUCCCGUGUGUCCGAGGGCAAUGGUACGUCGGAAGCGCUGAUAGGUGGAAAGGAAGGUGCGACUGGGGCCGCGGACAACAACAGCGGCAACGCGGCAGCUGCGAGGGCGCGGACGCACCUGGCCAUCGUUGAUGGGCCCGAGAAGCACAGUAGUGACACAGUCUCAUCUCUUCACAGUCACGUGGGCGCCCACAACACUGCUUUGGAGGACGACUCUAUGAUCAUGUCCAGCAGCAGCUGUGCCGUGGCGGAGACGGCGCGCGCGUACCAAGGCGUCAUGCACGACGUCCUCGGCCUGCAUGAAAAGGUUAGCCGCCGCAUUGGUGUGCAGUGGAGAGUGCUCGAGGUGCUGCCGUGCAGCCCGCUCGCUAGGCAAUCGUGGCGCAUGAGCAGGGCCAACUCGUUGAGUGCGGUGGCGGCGGCGGCCGAGAAGCAGGACGAGAGUGACAGGCACAACGCGUACUACAGAGAGGUGGUCCUGCAUGUUACGGCGCCGGACAUGCCAUUCGCCGUUCCGCUGCGCAUCUUGACCAUCGGCCACGAACGUGCCUCCGUGAGCGCCUUCACCUUCGUCAACCCGAACGACGAUACGGUGUGCUGGUCGAAUCAGAACCUCAUCGCCUCCGUCUUGAACGGCGACGGGAACCAGGACGGCGGCAAGAGCAGCCAUCCUGGUCCGAACGGGCUGCUCUGCGAUACGGAGGAGGCGCUGCACAGUAUCUACUACUCGAUCGGCGUUCUCCUCGGUAACGCCAUCACGAACGGCGUGCACUUCACGGCCCCGAUCGCCCCGUUGGCGUUCCUACUGAUGAAGAGGGCGGUCAUGAGCGGUGACUACUCAUCCAAGAACCUCAUGUGGCUGGAGCCGGCGGAUGGCAACCUGCUAAGCCCGACGCUGCUGCUGAACUCCGCCUACGAAAUUCUGAACAUGACGGAUCACCAGUACGUGGCCUUCCUACACAUGCGCAGCCUGGACAACCCCGACUCGCACAUCUUCCCCGUCACUCACAGCCUUGCCGACGAAAUUAGAGAGGACAAGGCAUCGCUGCUCCAGCAGCAGUCGCGCGACACACCGAACGCCUCGAUUCCGCUGGACCAUCCACUGAGCACACCCAGAACGCCGACGAGCGUGCUCGGGUACUUGACGUCGAUCCAAGCCUACAACCGCACGGGCAGCGCAUUCCACCGCAGCAGCAGCGACAUGAGCAACUAUAGCGGUGACAGUGGCAGCUGUGUGCAUUCUUUCUUGCGUGGCGCGCACGUGCCUGUUCAGGACGCAAUACAAGAGUAUCGUGACCAGCAGCAGAUAAAGGGGAAGAAGAGCCGUGCCCCACCGCUGGUGCUGAACAGCCACAGCAAUGACCAGCUGCACGCGCGUCUGCCUUCGCGCCGCGAGUACAUCUCGCUCUACCUCGCGAACGACCUUGCCUGGAGCCCCGUGCGCCGUGACGGCCACGGGGCGAAGAACAAGGAGUUGUGGGUGAACAUGGCGCGCGGAUUCAUGGCCUCCUCCCUGGCGAAGAGUCCGCUCAUGACGCACUGCUGCUCACGUGUGAUACGCGAGGUGUUGUGCGUGCCGCGCAAAGUGAAUUAG